AUGCAAAUCCCCGGUGUCCGCCAAGGAUAUACGCUGGUUACCCUCAAGCACUACAACGCAUGGGACAACCAUGCGUUGGAUUUUCGAAUGAAAGCACCAACCUUCGGGAAGAUAGUUCACCGCGUCCUGGAUAUCGUUGAGCCUGUCUUGUACCAGCAUUACGUCAAGCCAUCGUCAAUGACCGACCAAGUGCGAAAAGGACACGUGUUCAGCAACUUCCCUUCGGCAUUGUAUUGCACCGACGUAAAGUUCCAGCCAUCCUACCGCCCAACUGGUCGCUUCGACGAGUGCAAACAACAAGGAAAGCGACUCUCGAUUCACGAGAAGAACUUGAUUCGGGCGUAUUAUGCGUCUCACGUGCCCAUUAAGACAACUGCCGUGCAGCAGUGGGUCACGGAACAAUUUGGCCACACGCUCCACAUCACGACCAUUCGCCGAAUCCUGAGGGACACGCGCAAGAUCGAGACCAAUAACAUACAGGAGAAGUCGGCAAAGGGUCGUGAGGCACUCGUGGGCACGAAGCGCAACGCCAAGCGAACCAGCCUUAGCGGCCAAGGUGCAAAGGAGUCCAUCUCCUUCAAGAACGAGCUGUUAUCCUUCAUGAAAGUCGUCCGCCGCGAGAAGCACAUCCUCACUGCGCGUGCCAUGCUACACCAAAUUGCCGACGAUCGAAAUGGGGCCAUUCGAACGGGCUUCGCCGGCGUGUUCUGGAAAAAGUACCACGACUAUCCCCUGUACGACAUUUUGAACGUCGACGAAACUGGGGUGGUCUACUAUGACAUGUUGUCGGGGAAGAUUUAG